AUGGUUGCUUACUUUUUUUUUCUUUCCGCCCUUUUAAUGACUUUCUUUCACUCUUUAUCUCUACUUGUUUUUCUCUCUUCGCAGUCUUUCUAUCUUAUUUUGGUCAUUUUCAGAUGCCAGUCAAUUUACUCAAGUUUACUCAGAAGCGUUCUCAAUUGCGUUUGUCUUCCCUUGAGAAAUUACAUCGAAUUUUCCACUUUAUCUAUCUAUCUAUCUAUCUAUCUAUCUAUCUAUCUAUCUAUCUAUCUAUCUAUCUAUCUUCACACACACAGGCACACAAACACACAUAUAUAUAUUUAUAUGUACACCUAUUCAUUCUUUCUGAUUUUUCCAGCUCAAUUUCCUUCGCUUGAUUUUUGGAUUUCUCCAACCCUGAUACAUUCUGAUCAAAUCUACCAUGAUGUCUCCUGUCUCCCCAUCGGGGAUUGCCAUCAACACUGUCAAUGUCACCCUCACAAUGCCGCUGCUACAAGUUUACGCUUUCCCCUGUUCCAUCCACUGGUUCCACCCCUCGGUUUGCAAAGCAGAAAGCCAGUCACCUCUUUUUAUUUUCCUUCAUUUUUCUUCCUUCUUUUUCUAUUUCUUUUUUUUUUCAUGCUUACCGUGAAUAUUUUGUUUCAUUUGUUUUCUGUCCGUCAUUCAUUUAAUAGUUUAUAUGUUGAUUCUUUUUUCCAUCCACUUCUUUACAAAAUUAUUCAUUUUACUCCUUUCAUUCAAACUUUCUUAUUCUUUCUGUUCUCUUCCCAUUUCUUUUUUUAUUUCUUUUACAUACUAUUUAGUUUUCAUUCUUUUCGUUUUUCAUUCAUUUUUUACAUUCUUUCUUAUCUCAUUUUAUUUAUUAUUCACAUUUUUCUUUUCUUAUUCUUUUUCUUUCUUUCCUUCUUUCUUUUUUUACAUUAUUUAUUUAUUUCAUAUGUCUUUUUUCUGUCUUCAAUUUUUUCUUUUCUUUUAUUGUUUAUUAAAAUUUUUAAUUUAAAUUCUUCCACAUCUUUCUUUCUUUCUUUCUUUCUUUCUUUCUUUCUUUCUUUCUUUCUAUUUCGUCUUUCCUUCCCCCAAAGCUUUGAAGGUGGUUCCAGUAGUGUUGUAGUACUGGAAAGAAAAGGGACCACCAAUGACUGCUGUGAUAAUGGUUUGCAGUUAAUUAACGAAGAACGAAGGCAAUAUUGUGACGAUUAA